CUCUCAUUCUCCCUCCACUCACACUAGUUCACAAUAUUCAACCCAAAUUAAUGCAAUUCUCUUUGUAUUUUUGAAUGCUCAUUCAUUCACCAAAGAGCCACUUACUUCAUCACUCACAAAGCUUCAGCUUCCAGAUAAAUUAGUAAGUGUACUAUAAAUAUCCAAAAACAAAAAUGCCACAUGAGGAGUCUCAAAACACAUUUUUCAUAUCUCCUUCAAAGAGAGGAUUGAAGGGUCUAGUAUCUAUGAACAUCAAAGAUGCUUCAUGCACUUCCAUAGAGGAGUGUUUCAAUGAUCAUGAUUUGGCUCACAGAAAAGCAGAAGAAGCAGCUUCAAGGAGAUACGAAGCAUCAGAAUGGCUACGUCAAAUGGACAAUGUGGCAUGUUCAUUCUUACCUCCAAAACCCUCACAACAAGAUUUCUGCAUUUCACUUCGCAACGGUCUCAUUCUCUGCAACGUUCUCAACAAAGUGAAUCCUGGCGCUGUUGUCAAAGUUGUGGACAAUCCUGCACUUGCUGCUUCUGCUACUGUAGAAGGAGCCGCACAUUCUGCUAUUCAGUAUUUUGAGAAUAUGAGAAACUUUCUUUAUGCUGUUAAGGAUAUGCAACUCUUGACUUUUGAAGCUUCUGAUUUGGAGAAGGGUGGUUCAUCAAAUAAAGUUGUGGACUGCAUUCUAUGUUUGAAGGGAUACUAUGAAUGGAAACUAUCCGGUGGAGUUGGUGUGUGGAGGUAUGGUGGAACUGUGAGGAUAACUUCCUUCCCAAAGAGGUCUCCUUCUUCUUCCAUAGUUGGCAGUGAAAGUGCUGAUGAUUCACUGGAUGAGUCUGAGUCAUCACAGUAUGAACACCUGCUAGAAUUUCUUCACCUAUCUGAAGAGUUCUUGAAUGAAGAAACCAAAACUGCCAAUGCUCUUGCUUUCCUUUUUGAUCACUUCGGACUCAAACUUCUUCAGGCUUACCUUAGAGAAACAGAUGGGAUUGAUGAUCUGCCUCUGAAUACAAUGGUAAUUGAUGCCUUACUCGGAAAGGUAGUCAAGGAUUUCUCGUCUUUGCUUCUUUGUCAAGGCACUGAGCUUGGACUUUUCCUAAAGAAAAUAUUAAAAGGGGAUAUUGGUUGUCUCUCAAAGAGGGAGUUUGUGGAAGCUAUAUCACUAUAUCUUAAUCAAAGAAGUAGUUUGGCAUCACAUGAUUUCUCCAAAUUCUGUGUUUGUGGUGGCAAGCGUGAUAGUGUUCGACAAAAUGUCAAUUAUUCUGCCAAAUAUGCUGAAGUAAUAAACACUCAAGAGAAACAACUUCAGAGGAUGAAAUACUUAUUUGAUGAUACAAAACUGGAAGUCAAAGAAAUUCAAUCAGAGUGGGGACAAGAAUUGAGUAGGCUAGAGCAUCAUAUCAAGAGCCUUGAAGUGGCCUCCUCUUCUUACCACAAAGUUUUAGAAGAGAAUCGUUUUCUUUACAACCAAGUACAAGACCUCAAAGGAGCCAUUAGGGUCUACUGUAGAGUGAGACCCUUCUUACAGGGACAAUCAAAUGGACAGUCUACAGUAGACUAUAUUGGAGAAAAUGGAGACAUGAUGAUUGUAAAUCCCCUCAAGCAAGGAAAAGAUGCAAGAAGAGUAUUUUCAUUCAAUAAGGUGUUUGGAACAAGUGUUACACAAGAACAAAUUUAUGCUGACACUCAACCGUUGAUCAGGUCUGUUUUAGAUGGUUAUAAUGUGUGCGUCUUUGCUUAUGGACAGACCGGCUCAGGGAAAACCUACACAAUGAGUGGUCCUGAUCUGUCAGCUGAAGAUACAUGGGGUGUAAACUAUAGGGCUUUGCGUGAUUUAUUUUAUAUAACAAAGGAAAGAUCAGAUUCCAUAAAAUAUGAAGUUUUCGUCCAGAUGAUUGAAAUAUACAAUGAACAAGUGAGAGAUUUAUUAGUCAGUGAUGGCUCUAACAGAAGAUUAGAUAUACGAAACACUUCCCAGCUGAAUGGCCUCAAUGUGCCUGAUGCAUUUUUAGUUCCGGUUACUUGUACUCGAGAUGUUGUAAAUUUAAUGAGAAUCGGUCAGAAAAACCGUGCUGUAGGGGCUACUGCUCUAAAUGAGAGAAGCAGUCGUUCUCAUAGUGUUUUGACUGUUCAUGUUCGAGGCAGGGAGUUAGUUUCUAACUCCAUUCUUAGGGGUUGUCUCCAUCUUGUUGAUUUGGCUGGUAGCGAGAGAGUUGACAAAUCAGAGGCUGUUGGUGAGAGACUAAAGGAGGCACAACAUAUAAAUAGGUCACUCUCAGCACUUGGGGAUGUUAUUUCAGCUUUGGCACAGAAAAGUGCACAUAUCCCUUAUAGAAAUAGCAAGCUCACACAAGUGUUACAAGAUUCUUUAGGAGGGCAUGCAAAAACAUUGAUGUUUGUUCAUAUAAAUCCCGAACUUAAUGCUAUUGGGGAGACAAUUAGCACACUCAAGUUUGCUGAGAGGGUUGCAUCCAUUGAACUUGGGGCUGCUCAAUCUAAUAAAGAAACUGGGGAAAUUCGAGAACUGAAGGAAGAGAUAUCAAGUCUGAAACUGACAUUGGAGAGAAAGGAAACAGAGCUGGAGCAGUUGAAAGCUGGGAAUGCUCGAAACAAUACCGAGUCUCCGAAACCAAGAGCUGUUUCACCUUAUCAUUUGCCAAAAUACGGCACCAGUGGAAACAUGAAGCCUGAAACUAAUCAACGAAUCAUGGACGAUAGAAACUUAGAGGCUAGAAGUUGCUCUUCCGGUAAACAAAGAAGGUCAAGGUUUCCCUCAGCAUUUAUGGACAAGGAGUCCAUACCGAAAAUGUCCCUUCUCACUGAAGAAAAAAUAGUGAGCUCAGUGAAAGGAAGAUCACCAUCACCUCCAGUCAGAAGAUCAAUAUCUACUGAUAGAGGGUCAGUCAUUAAAAGCAAGGUAAAAAAUGACACAGCAGAUAACCAACCAGUAUUAAAGCAUCCAUUUCCAGCUAGAGUACCGGAUAGCAAAUUCCUUGGCAUGAUGCCAAUGGCUGCAUCUCUUGAGAAUAAUGCAAGGUUGCAUGUGAACUCACCAGAGCCAGUAAAGCAUGAAGAAGAACAAUUCAAGCAAGCACUUAGUGCCGUAAGACAAGGCGGUAUUAAAAAAACCAAGGUUGAAAGUAAGGCUAAAGUCAAGCAUCAUCAACCGUCUCCCUUUAAGAUUCAAAAGCCUGAUUUGAUCCCAACAUUUACUUCUGGCAUGGAGACACCUCCAAAGAGUGAUCUCUCUGAGCCCGAAAGUGAUCUUCGAUUUGUUGAGUCUGCAGUUCAUGGUGCUUUAAAUCUCAAUAAGAUACGUCAGAACUUUCCAAGGAAUUUUCAGAACCUUGAAUCAAGAGGAAUAGUGCAAGCAGGAGAGCCUUUAUCAGCUAGCAAAGUUGAAAACAAACUUUUGAAUGGUUCAGGUAGUAAUUAUAAAGAAGGAAAUAAUACAUCAAUGCCUGAAUUUAGAAGGAGCCGAUCUACCCCACGCGGAAAGUUUUUUGGUUUAUCAUGAGGUUUUUUGUUUUAAACAGACACAAAUUUUUAAAGAAUAUAUAUUUAUUUUUGUACAGGAACUACUACAGAUGUUGGAGUUCCAGCUUAUACAAUUUUAUACACUUUUGAAGUCUUGAGGUUAAUCUGUGCUACCUAUAUAUAACAUAUCUCUUGUAUUCUGGGCAUGCUUUGUAAUUUAAACUUCGUAUAUCAAUAUACAUUUCUAAAGCAUUGAGUUUUC